CCUAAACAUUGCCGACGAGUACACAACAACAAUGCAGUUCGAAGGUUAUGUUUACUCAUUCCCCGUGCGUGCUGAGUUCCCCUUUUCAGCCAGUGAAUGGUGAAAUAGGAUGAUGGCUGUUCUGUGGAGGAUUCAGAACUACUAUUUUUUUUUACUAACCAAAGUACAAUUAUUUUCAACCUCUUUGAUGGGACGGAUUCUCUUUAUACGUUGAAUGUGAACAAGGGUAUUGUGUUCACAACGAUCAACAAGAUCUGGUAUAAAGUUGAUUCAUUCUUGAUUUAAAAUGAAUCUGUGGUUGACGUGUGUUUUAUGCCUCGCUCUUCGUGCGUCCCGGGCUUCAGCUGACCCUCCCGUGGUGACGACCAGCCAGGGCCGGAUCACCGGCACCACUCUGCAAUUCCGUCCCGUAGUCCACCCCGAGCUGGCCCGGGAUGUAGACGCCUACCUCGGUAUACUGUACGCCGAGCCACCCGUCGGUCCGCUACGCUUCAAAGCCCCUGUAGCAAAGUCAUGGAGUGGCGAGCUUCAAGCUACGAAGAUUGGAAACCGAUGUCCACAACCAAAAUUCCCUCUUGGUAGAUUCACGUUAACAGGGAGCUUCGGUGAGGAUUGCCUUUGCCUUGAUGUAUUCGCUCCUAAACCAGGUCCUCCGAAUGCAGCCGUUCUGGUCUACUUCCACGGUGGUGGAUUCUUCUUGGGGGCUGGUGCCAUUGAGGGCCUCCUUCCAACCCCCAUCGCUGCCAUCGGUGACGUCAUCACCGUCUCGGUCAAUUACAGACUAGGAGCACUUGGAUUUUUGUCCACCGGUGAUGACGUCAUUGCAGGUAACAUGGGACUGUUGGAUCAACGUCUCGCUUUGGAGUGGGUGCGAGACAACAUCCGAGCAUUCGGCGGAGAUCCUUCACGAGUAGCUAUCUUUGGUCAGAGUGCUGGAGCAGCGAGUGCCGGUCUGCAAACGGUAUCACCGGGUAGUGCUGGGCUCUUCGGCGGCGUCAUCAUGCAAAGUGGUGACGCUUCCCCUACCUGGGCGACAACACCCGAAGAACUGGCCCGAAAGAGGGCCUUCAUCUUCGGCGGUUUAGUCGGCUGCGAACACGACACGUCGGAGGAACUACUUGAAUGUUUACAGAAUAACUUGGACGUUGACACCAUUAUCAAAAAUCAGAGCAAUGAGUCACUCAUUGAUGGAGAAAGACCGCUCUCAUUCACUCCGGUAAUUGACGGCAAUUUCCUUCCCGGCAUCCCCUCCGAACUCUGCGAAAAUGGCGCCAUCAACGACGCUGUAACAAUCAUUGGCGAGAACGCCGACGAAGGGAUGUGCAUAAUUACCCCCAUCUAUCAGACAGAUGAGGAGCCGUUCAUUAACAGCACAUCUUACGACUCUCUGUCGCUGAUGUGCACAUCAAUGGUGAGCAAAGAGCCGAUUGUAGCCAAGGCUAUUAAGAUGAUGUACACAGACGCAACGUGCACCGAUGGACCCGGUUGUAACUAUCUACAGAGUCUGUCGCAAGUAUGUGGUGACAUCAUGUUCGUCCGCUACACGGACAAAGUGGCCAGAAGUUUCACGAAGGCCGGCCGCAAGGUGUACCGUUACCACUUCACUCAUACACCGACCACGCCUCUACUCGACACCCCUCCCUGGGCGGGAGCCACCCACUCCGAAGAUUUGACGUUUGUCUUCGGCCUUCCCUUGGUCGCUCAGGAUAAGGACGACUUCACAGAGGAGGAGGUCGAGAUGUCUAUUCGAAUCAUCAACCAUUGGGCGAAUCUUGCUAAGACUGGAAACCCCAACCUUUCUUCCCUGGACGCUGAGCUGACAGACGAAGAGAAAAAAACAGAAUGGCCGCUAUUCACCGUUGAGGGACUCGAAUAUAAAGAUCUGACACCAGAGAUGCUGAACGGGCGCGGCAUCAAGGCUCAAGAGUGCCGUUUUUGGAACGACUUCAUUCCUGAACUUCUCGAAACAAUAGUGGAAGCAAAGAAGGGCCGAGCGGGUUCCUCCAGCUUCGGUGACGGCUUCAGCAGCGAGACAUGCACGGAGGAAACGUGCCCAGAGGACUGAAAUAAAGUUCCGAUUUCUAAUUUGAUUACCAAUUAUUAAGCCCGAUGUCUUAGGGAAUUCUGUCCGUCGGAGAUUCCGUCCCCCUCAUCGGAAAUUAACAUGAGCUGGAGGAGAUUCAUCUGAAGAAGUUUGUACACAGAA